AUGAACCCAGAAGAGCAUUUAAUUUUACGAGUACCCGAAGACUGGCUAAGAGAGCUAGACCCAAAUUCAAAGCUUGAAAUCAUCCCUGACAACAACUCAGAUGAAGACCCUGGCCGAUUCUUUCAAAUCAAGCUCAACACACUGGAAUCAGUUGGAUUUUUACUAGACCUGCCUUGCAUAGUUGAAACACAUAAAACUCUGGACUACAUAAACUGCUUCAAAACAUCAGAUAUCUCCCAGCUGCUUUAUAUCGUCCCUGAGCACGAAAAAACCAAUCCUAGAGCCAAAAGUAAGAAAUAAAAUAGAGACUUCUUUAAGCCGAAUGCUAAUCAAAGGCGAAAAAUACAAAGUAAAGUCUGGAAUUACCCCAGGGACUCACAAUAUCACUUCAAGGUUCUUUAAGAGGGAAGUGGAAGAGAAUCCAGAAGAAGUCUCCAAGGUUGAAGCCUUGAUCAAAAAUGUAAUGGAGUGUGGAACUGCAAGGGUGGUCCAAGAAGAAAUCAUAGAGCUGCAAGAAGGGGAAAAUGUGCCUGAAAAUUAUGAGACCACUUAUGAUCCUAAAACACUCGAAGAUGAAGAAAUGGAUAUUGACUCAUAA